UCCCAACUCUCCCAUCUCAUUUCUUCCACUUUCUCUCUGAAAUUUUCAUUUUCUCUCAUUUUCUUUCGGUCCAAACAAGGAAAAAGAAAAAUAUAUACAUGGGAAGAGGAAGAGACGAUUUGCACAUUACGGUUCCUAGUAUUUUUCGGUGUCCGAUAUCGUUGGACGUGAUGAAAUCCCCGGUGAGCUUGUGCACGGGCGUAACAUACGACCGAGCCAGCAUCCAACGGUGGCUGGACAGAGGCAACAACACGUGUCCGGCCACCAUGCAGGUUCUCCAAAGCAAGGAAUUCGUUCCGAACAGGAAUUUACAACGGCACAUUCAGAUCUGGUCCGACUCAGUUGCUCGCCUUCAACUCGAAGCUGAUUCGACGGCCAAUUCAGCUGUUCCUUCUCAAGAUCAGAUCAAUAUCUUGGUCAAACAGCUCGACGACAACAAUUUAUUUUCAUCGUUGACGAAGAUCGUUUGUUUCGCCAGAGAAUCGGAGGAGAACCGUCAAAUCCUGGCCAGUAUCGACGGAUUUUUUAACGCGGUGUUCGAUUUCAUGAGAAAUGUGGAAUCGGACGUCAAAUUAAUCGAACAAGUGAUUGAGAUUUUGAAUUUGAUGUCAAGUAAAAUUUUGGAGAAGAAGCUGUUAUUGGAAUCAAAUUGCUUGUCGAAUAUCCUUCUGGUUCUACAACGAGGAAGUUUAGAUUCUCAAAUCCAGUCGAUUGGAUUACUGAAGUCUAAUGCGGUCGAUGGAGAGUCCAAGCUCAAAAUAGCCGAAGAAGAGGGAUUACUACAGGAAUUGGUGAAAUCAUUAAGCAAAGAGAAGGAUCAAAGCUUGAUCGAAGCGAGCUUAUCUUGUUUGAUCGAAAUCACAAUGCCCAAAACAGUAAAAAUCAAAGUAAUCCAAUCCAGAACAAUCCCAGACUUAAAGAAACACUUAUCCGAGCCAAACACGAGCGUUUCCAUAAUUGAGAAGUCAUUAAAACUGCUGGAAACGUUGUCGUCUUGCAGAGAAGGGAGGAUGGAGAUAUGGCACGAUUCCAUAUUGCUACAAGCGAUCGUGCAGAAAGUGCUGAAAGUAUCGGACAAAGCGACGGAGCACGCGGUGACAAUACUCUGGUGCGUUUGCUAUUUGUUUAGGGACGAGAAAGCUCAAGAAGCGGUGGUUAGCAGCAAUGGGAUGACCAAGUUUUUGUUGCUGAUGCAAAGCAACUGCUCGGCUGCCGUUCGGCAAAUGUCGGGCGAUUUGCUUAAGAUUUUCCGGGUUAAUUCCAAGUCUUGUCUACCAAGUUAUGAUACUAGAACUACCCAUAUUAUGCCCUUUUAAUGAUUCGAACAAAAACAAAACAAAUCCAAGUUUGUAAAUCAAAGAAAUCUUUUGUUACUGAAAUAUU